AUGAUGCUGCCGCUAUCUGUCGGGAUCCACACGCUGCUGCUGGGCGUCGCGUGCGUCGCGGAGGGCGACCCAGUCUUGGGCAUACCCGCGCAGCUGCAGGGCCGCCGCGGCGACAUCAUCCGGGAGCUGGGGCCGCUGCUGUCCAAGGACGCGACUAUUGUGUUACCACUGUCGUCAGAAGCGGAGCCGCUGCUCAUACGCGCUGCCACGCCGCGAAUCUCGCCAGAUUACAAGGCCAUUGUCGAAGUCGCCACGGAGCAGGACGUCCAGCAGACGAUCAAGUACGCCAACCUACAUAAAACGCCCUUCCUAGCCGUCUCGGGCGGCCAUGGAUGGCCGACGACGCUCAAUGGCGUCAAGGCCGGCAUCCAGAUCAACAUGCGCAAGAUGAACCACACGACGCUCAAAAGGGACGGGCGUUCCGCCAGCAUUGGUGCUGGUGCCUUGCAGCACGAAGUUAUCGCUGCCUUGUUCAGUCACGGUAAACGAGCAGUCACGGGCCUUUGCGAGUGCGUCUCAGCCAUUGGGCCACUCCUCGGCGGCGGGCACAGCAUGAUCCAGUGGCGAUACGGUUUCGCUGCCGACAACCUCGUCUCAGCACGCGUCGUCCUCGCCGACGGCCGGGCCGUGGAUGUGGCGGCAGACAAAAACAGUGAUUUGUUCUGGGGUCUGCGCGGCGCGGGCCACAACUUUGGGAUCGUCACCAGCUUUGUGGUCAAGGCGUACGACGCCGGCGAUACAUGGACAUUGAUUACUCUCACCUUUACGCAGGAUAAGCUCGAAGUUUUUUUCGAAACAUGGAACAUGCUUGAGAAAGCGCACCCUGACCGGGGUAUGUUGGUCGUCAUCGGCAUCAUGGCCAGGAACGACGACAUAGACCCUGAGAAUCCCGUGAUAAAUCUGCAGCUCAUCUACGAAGGACGCAACGACGCUGCAGACCUCUACGCGGCGGCGUUCCGUAAGCUUGAGCCGAAGGCCGACUCGACAUUACAGGAAAUCUCCUGGGGAGACCUCUUCACCGCAGGUGGCUUCGGACUCACAGGGCCGAUAUGCCGCAAGAACCAGAACAUCCUGGGCUACCCCAACUCGCUGGACAAGUGGGACGUUGACGCGAUGCGAGCCGCAUUUGGCAUCUUUUCGGACCUGACAUCCGAGGAGUUGUUCAAGACGUCAGCCAUGCUGCUUGAGUCGUACGGCCAGCAGGGGGCGCGCGCGGUGCCCGAGGGGAGCAACGCGGUGGCACCCGAGGAGCGGCGACGGCACCUGCUCACGUCGCCGAUCCUGUGGUGGAUGGGCGACGAUGCGGCUGCGAGGAAGCGGGCCGAGGACUACGGCGCGGGCAUCCAGGCGGCCGUGCGGAAGGGUGCCGGGUCUGCGGAGCCGCACGCGUACGUCAACUACGCGACCGGCUGUGAGGACUUCGGCGAGGUGUACGGACGCGAGGCGCCGCGGAGGUCGAAGCUGAAGGCGCUGAAGGCGAAAUGGGAUCCGCAGGGGCAGUUUGGAUUCUAUAUGCCAAUCGAGUAG